CUCAACAUGGGUGCGGGGGCAUCGACCGCCCACGAGGACAUUCAACCAGAACUAGAUUAUUAUCAGUUGUUAGAGGUCGAAGAAAAUGCAACAGCCGAGGAGAUCAAGAAAUCAUUCAGGCGACUUGCCCUCAUCCAUCAUCCAGAUAAGAACAAGGAUGAUAUUGAAGGCGCUACGAAACGCUUCGCUACAUUGCAACAAGCCUACGAGGUUUUAAGCGAUGAUCAAGAGAGAGCCUGGUACGACUCGCACAAAGCAUCGCUCGCCCCCGAGCCUGACGACGAGACGGUCUUUCAAGAUAUCAAGACUGGUGCCCCUCCUCCUCGAGCCCGUGAUCGAGGUCUUACAGUUCGACAUCUCACAAGAUUCUUCGAUCCGUCAGUCUGGAAUGGAUUCCGAGAUGACGGUGAUGGAUUUUAUACCAUUUAUCGCAACCUGUUCUCCCGUUUAAGGGCGGAGGAGGUCCUUGUUGACGGGGACGCGACUCUUCCGUCCUUUGGUUAUUCUACAUGGUCAUGGACCGUCGUUAAGGGAGAGGACAAUACCGCUGCACGCACAUUUUAUAACGCAUGGAUGAAUUUCACUACUGCAAAAGAUUUCGCGUGGAAGGACCAAUGGAACCCUUCCGAAGCUCCAACCCGCCAGAUCCGAAGAUUGAUGGAGAAAGAUAACAAGAAAGCUCGUGACGAUGCGCGUCGUGAAUACAACGAUACGGUCAGAUCACUCGCCAAAUUUUUGCGAAAACGGGACCCGCGCUACAAGGAACACCUCGUUCGCCAGAGCCAGCUCUCGGGCUCCUCUACUCCCGUUACUAACGCUCCCCGGAAGAAACCGAAUCAGCAGCCACCGGAAUCUUACGUUGAACAGGACUGGCAAAAGAUUGACUCACACAAUCAACACGUCGACUUGGAGUGGGCUGUGGCCGAGGGAGAAGAUUCGGAGGAAUGGGAGUGCGUUGCCUGCGGGAAAACCUUCCGAAGUGAAGCAGCCUGGGACAGUCAUGAACGGAGUAAGAAGCACUUGAAAGAGGUGGAGAGGCUCCGCAGGGAGAUGGAGGAAGAAAGCAUGGAGCUUGGUCUGGAAAGUGAUGCAGAGGAAUCUAUCCCUGCUCCGCAGGAUGGUCUUUCAUCGGACCCAGAACCCUCGAGACCCCCUCGAACGGAGGAUGAUGGUGAGGAAGAGGUCGCUUCCCCGCCUCCUGACACUGCUCCCAUCACAGACCACGAAAAGGAUGAAGAAGAGACCCUUCGAUCCAAACCCAAGAAAACGAAAAAGAAGAAAAAUGCAAAAAUUCGGCUUACGACUGCUGCCAUGGAACCGUUGACAAAGACUGAGGGAAGUAUGGGUCAGAGUCCAGAGCCAGUGGUACCACGAAGCAGAAAAACCAGACCAACCAGACCGCUCGACAAUGAUGCGGAGGUUGGUGACUCGAAACCAGGCGACUCCGCCCCAGCUCCAAAGCCUGAACUCAGUAAACGUGAAAUACGACGUGCUCGACAGGCCAACAGGAAUGAAGCUAAUGAAAAUGCUGAAAAGGCCAAGCUUCGAUGUAAUGUGUGCUCUGAGGUCUUUAAUAGCAAAACGAAACUUUUUCAGCAUGUCAAAGAGGAGGGGCACGCGCUUGGGAAGGAGACGGUUGACCGUAGUCGUAAAAACAAACGGUGA